UUUGCUUCCCAUGGGCGCGGCGGCGCUGGCAACAUGGCCGACGCAGCGCAGUCGCCGUCCAUCAAGGCCUCGGAUCUCGAGACGCCGGUGCUGAAAACAGCCGUUGUGACGACGGGCCGCGGCGGCACUGGCAACAUGACCAAGAACGACGACCCUCACGAAACUCGUCUUCGCCAGGACGUCAAAGCAGUACCCCGGCGACUUAGUUCAGGAGCCCAGUACGCUGGACGCGGCGGCGCUGGCAACGUCUUCAAAGGCGAGGACGAACUCGAGCGGCUG